AUGGUGUUUUCCUAUGAGCAUUACAUGAACCUGAUCUAUCACCUGGAUGACGCCAAUGAGACAGUGCCGUCUGAUAUUGCCAAGCGUGUGGUUUCCAAUGCAAUGGCACCAGUCAUAACAGUGACAUCGACGGUUCUACUCGACAGACACAUUGAAGAAACAUACGGGAUCGAUUCUCUGUAUAUGUUACUUAGAUUUUUUGGUGGUUGUGUCUCUGAUAGGGAUCAAGCAAAUGAAGUUAAAUUGGGGACAGAUGGUUUAAAAGUAACUGAAGAGGGUGUAGAAAAUGAGAAAGACGGAACAAAUGGGCUAACAGUACCGCGUCAGACUAGAGUACGGAGUAAUUCUAAUAGUUUGUAUCAAAGAGAUGCCACUCAGUCGCAAUAUGUGCGAUUUACCAAACCUUUAGCUGAUUUAAUCAACACACAAGAUGCCAAUGACAUGCUCUUUGAUUACCAUUCACUGGAAGUAUAUCUGCAAGAAUACCUAUCAGUAGUAGAUAAGAAAUUUAGCCCCCAUAUUCCUCAUCAUUUGCUAAAAACCUCGAUCUAUCAUAGUUUCUUUGCAUUAGCCAUAUCAUCGACCUCAAAGCUGUCGCCUUUUGAGUGUUUUAAUCAUCCAAUUGUGUCGCUCUUGGCAAUUGAUAUCACAAGAAAUGAAGACUACGAGACUGCUGCUGAACAAUUAAAAGAGUUCAAGAGUAUGAACAAUAAUAUACCCAGCUUUCCCUCAUUUAUAAAUACAAACGACAUAUUACCAGUAUUUCUGCUUUGUUACAAUAAAGAUAACGAAACUGAGUUCGAAGAAUGCCAAACUUUGGCCGGAAAAUUGAAGAAACAGCUCUUUGUUGAAAGCAUAAUACUUCCCCUAUGGUCAACAGAAUUUACCGAUAAUUUGGUAGUUUCCUUGCAUCAACCGGUGAUGUCAUCUAUUGAGGAAAUUAUGUUCUUCUUACAAAAUCCUGUCGAUCAUAAACUACCCCUCAAGCUUGUCAAUUGCAUUUAUGACCAAAUUGAUAUGAUCGUCUAUGAUUUAAUGAAACCUUUUAUGAAGAGAAAAAUGACUUUUUGGGAAGAGACUAUUUUGACCCCAAGAAAGUCAUUAUUUCAUGGAGCAAAAUUUUUUAAAAAGUUUAUGAACAAAUCCACACAAGCUCUAUCACAACCAAACUCGCUUCUGAAAGAGAACCAUGGUAGUAAUUAUCUAUCCUCGACUUCUCCUGAAUUCUUGAUGAGGAAGCUUGCGGAUUGGUCCAUGAUGGUGUCUGACUUCAAGACAGCUUAUACAACAUAUGAAUCUCUGUGUCAAGAUUUUGAGCGUAUGCCAAAAUACUUAGCAUCAUGUUCCGAAUGGUGCGCAGUAUCUUUAUUAAUGGGUGCUCAAAAUAUUGUUACUGCAAAAAUGCUCAAGAACGAGAUCAAUCCAGCAAUAGAAAGAGCACUAGGAGCAUAUGAGCUGUGUGCCACGGAAUCAAAUGCACAUAGAAAAUUUGGAGACUCUGACGAUUUGAGUGCACCUGUCAGAAGUUAUGAGACGCGUUGCAUGUUUUUGGCUUCAGAACUAUUUCUUUCAUUAAGUGAUACUUGGACUUCAACACCCUUUGCAAUCGCAUAUUUAGAGACAAUAUUAAAUGAAUGUAAACUAGGACCCUUAUCUGAAAUUAUGAUUUGGGAACGACUAAGUGAUUGCUAUGGUAUGAGAAUUGACCCAAGAAUAAAACAUAGAAUUGGAAAUCUUGAAUUAUUACAGAAGAAGGAGGAAAAUAUGGAUGAUCCUAAAAAUGCUGAUGUCUUUACCACAGAGGAUAUACUUUCAAAAGGUUUAACAAGGAAUAGAAAGGCAGCUCUUUUUAAGCUUAUUGCAGCUAGAAAAUGGUGUGAACAAAAACAAUGGCGAGAAUUAAGUUGGUGUUUAGAUGAUUUAGAAUCAACUUACUCCGACUUAAAAUGCUUUAAUAAAGAGAAUUUACUGUAUACACGUCUGAGGAAUGAGCUUAUUGCUGCUAGACAAGACAUGUAG